AUGUUUUAUAUAAUUGGUAUUUGUUUGUUAAUUGGCGUAUCAUAUGGAAUAGAUUAUGAUUUUUUAUUAGCAAACGGUCCAACACAUAUAAAUUCUAACAACUCGUAUUAUAUGCCAUACGGUGAUCCAAAAUAUGAUAUAAAAAUAAAAUUAUUAAAAGUUGAUCCUCAUACUGGUUUAUGGAUAAAUAUUCUGAAAGGUGGACCUGGAAGUAUGUUAGGUAUACAUCGUCAUUAUGAUCAAGUAUAUGGUUAUACCUUUAAAGGUGCUUGGGGUUAUAAAGAACAUCCUGAAUGGUUAUCUCGAGCAGGUGAUGUUGUUCAUGAAACUCCUGGAUCUGUUCAUACAUUGUAUAUUGAUGAAAAUCAUGGAGAAACAGAAGUUUUAUUUUUUGUUUGGGGUGCUUUAGAAUUUUUAGAUGAAUUUGGUAAUACAAUUGCUAUUGAAGAUUGGAGAUCAAUUUUAGGAAAAUAUGUUGAUUAUUGUGAAAAAAAUACUUUACCCAUUAUUGAUAUAACUUAUCCAAAAAGUAAAGUUCCAGAUGUACAUUUUCAUAAUAAAGACAAAGUUGAAUUAUAA